CGCUGCGCGCACCCGGCCUCCGCUAGCUGCGCACCGCCCACCCCCUCUUCCUCCUCCAAGCUCGUCCAAGUCCGUGUACCCCGCUGCUGUCGCCAUGGCCGCGCUCACCCAGAAUCCGCAGUUCCAGAAGCUGCAGAAAUGGUACCGCGAGCACGGCUCUGAUCCGGUUUAUCCUGGGGGCUUUGGGCUGAACGCAUCCCCCCUUCCCACUCUGUUUCAGCGAGUCCGGAGCGGUGACUGGAAGGGGUACUCGGGCAAGCCCAUCACGGACGUCAUUAACAUCGGCAUUGGCGGCUCUGACCUGGGACCCCUCAUGGUGACUGAAGCCCUUAAGCCGUACUCUUCAGGAGGUCCCCGGGUUUGUUUUGUCUCCAACAUCGAUGGGACCCACAUCACCAAAACUCUGGCCACUCUGAACCCUGAGUCGUCCCUGUUCAUCAUUGCCUCCAAGACCUUUACCACCCAGGAGACCAUCACGAAUGCGGAGACGGCGAAGGAGUGGUUUCUCCUGUCGGCCAAGGACCCUUCUGCAGUUGCGAAGCACUUUGUUGCCCUGUCUACCAACACGACCAAAGUGAAGGAGUUUGGGAUUGACCCUCAAAACAUGUUCGAGUUCUGGGAUUGGGUAGGAGGACGCUACUCGCUGUGGUCAGCCAUUGGACUCUCCAUUGCACUGCAUGUGGGAUUUGACAACUUCGAGCAGCUGCUCUCAGGGGCCCACUGGAUGGACCAGCACUUCCGUACGACACCCCUGGAGAAGAACGCCCCCGUCCUGCUGGCUCUGCUGGGUGUCUGGUACAUCAACUGCUUCGGGUGUGAGACGCAGGCCAUGCUGCCCUAUGACCAGUAUCUACACCGCUUUGCGGCCUACUUCCAGCAGGGUGACAUGGAGUCCAACGGGAAGUACAUCACCAAGUCCGGCACUCGUGUGGACCACCAGACGGGCCCCAUUGUGUGGGGGGAGCCAGGGACCAAUGGCCAGCAUGCCUUCUACCAGCUCAUCCACCAAGGCACCAAGAUGAUACCUUGUGACUUCCUCAUCCCAGUCCAGACCCAGCACCCAAUAAGGAAGGGUUUGCAUCACAAGAUCCUCCUGGCCAACUUUUUGGCCCAGACUGAGGCCCUGAUGAAGGGGAAGUCGACAGAGGAGGCCCGGAAGGAGCUGCAGGCCGCGGGGAAGAGUCCAGAGGCCUUGGAGAAGCUGUUGCCACACAAGGUCUUUGAAGGAAAUCGGCCAACCAACUCUAUUGUGUUCACCAAGCUCACACCAUUCAUUCUGGGAGCCUUGAUUGCCAUGUACGAGCACAAGAUCUUCGUUCAGGGUAUCAUCUGGGACAUCAACAGCUUUGACCAGUGGGGGGUGGAGCUGGGAAAGCAGCUGGCCAAGAAAAUCGAGCCUGAGCUUGACGGCAGUAGCCCAGUGACCUCUCACGACUCUUCCACCAAUGGGCUCAUCAACUUCAUCAAGCAGGAGCGUGAGGCCAGAAGCCAAUAAACUCAUGCCCGGCUGCAGUCCCUGUUGUGACUGGUCCUUCUUGUCACUCCUCCCCAGAGAUGCCCUGCACAGUCCUGCCCAGAGCAGCCUCUGGUUGCAGGCUUGGAGCAUAAGCCCUUUGGGGGAAGCUAGUCUGGAAUUGCUACCCCGCCCUUCCAUGUCCAUGUGUCCUCUGUUUUACAGUCAGCUGAAGUGUUUCAGUGCAGUUGAUUUUAUUGACCAUGUUCACUUUGUUCAUGUACCAGACAGAAAAAUAAAAAUGCCACAAAGGAG